AUGGCUCCUCAAGAUAGCUUCAUCGACGAAGAUGAUGACUCCUGCCCCCUUUGCGUCGAAGAGUUCGAUCUUUCCGACAAGAACUUUCGGCCAUGUCCUUGCGGAUACCAGGUGUGCCAGUUCUGUUUCAACAACAUCAAGAAUAACAUGAACGGUCUAUGCCCCGCCUGUCGAAGACCUUAUGAUGAGAAGACCAUAGAGUGGAAAGUUGUCACACCUGAGGAAAUUGCACAGUUCAAAGCCAACAUCCAAAAGAACGCCAAGAAGAAGGCAGAACAACGGCAGAAGGAGGCACAAAAGCGGGAGGUCGAGAGUCUUAACCGAAAGCACUUAUCGGGUCUUCGCGUUGUACAGAAAAACUUGGUUUACGUUGUUGGCCUCAGCCCUGCCAUACGAGACGAUGAGAUACUGCAAACACUCCGAGGGGACAAAUAUUUCGGCCAAUAUGGUAAAAUCAUUAAGAUCGUCGUCAGCAAAUCCAAACAGGGCGAUCCGACACAAAGUUCACAAGGACUCGGGGUCUACGUUACUUUUGCUCGAAAGGAUGACGCUGCGAGGUGUAUCGCAGCGGUCAACGGCUCUCAGAACGGUGAUCGGAUUCUACGAGCACAAUUAGGAACCACGAAAUACUGCUCCGCCUAUCUUCGGAAUGAAACAUGUACCAAUAAGCAAUGCAUGUUUCUCCAUGAACCCGGCGACAACGAUGACAGCUACUCGCGGCAAGAUUUAUCGUCCAUCAACAGCGUUAAUACUCAACGUCCCCUACCAGCCAUGGCAUCUUCCUCCCGACAAGCUGCUACAGUGGCGGCCCCUCUCCAACAGGUACAACCAGUUACCGCUGCUGCGCAGUCCAUGAACCGCGAAUCGAGUAAGGACGGCUCAGACAGUGGCGAUGGUUCGGCGCUGCCCUCUUCUGCAAGCUGGGCGAACAGGGGCAUCCAACAACGUAGCCGGAGAGGGAGCCAUGCAACAAGUGGUGCUGCAUCAAGUCCUGCUGUAUCGCACGCAAUGCCUGCUACUGUAGAGGUUGCCGAGGAAUCAGCAGUCCUCGAUCAGGAACCUGAAUCUGAAAUCCAAGACCCCGCUUCAAGCUCGGAUGUCGCAGCAUCAAAUGAAUCGCCACGCCCGCAAAGAAACCUGAUUCUAGUGGACCUCUUGAAGUCGAUCAACUCGCCAUCUCUAUCAUUCCCGCUUCGAAAUACAACAGAGGACAGCCCCCUGUCAUCGACGUUUCCGCCACUAUUCGACGACCAUGGUGGUGAGAAACGAAGAGCUAGAAAGCAUCAAGAGGAAGAAGCCAGACUUCAUAUUGACCAGGAAUCACAAAAUGAAUUGCGGUCUGUCGCGGAACCCGCAGAAGAAGAGGAACCGGAAAGUGGUAGUUUGCAACUUGGAGGCGAGCCGGAGGAUAGAGACGGUGGCCGUGAGGUCCCUCAAGGAUUCCAGCGACGACCAAGCGCGCAACUCCCAAUCCAGCGGACAAAUAACGGACCAGUGGGCCCUGGUGUUGGAAAUUUCCCUCGCAACUUGAACAAUCUGACCUCCAUAAAUGGUCGCACGUUGACGCCUCAACAGCAACAACAGCUACUUUUGCUAAACUCGAGUCAACCUCAGUCUAGCUUUAUGGACCAGUUCACACCUGGGUUAGGGAGUCAAUUGAGUCAGAGCUCAGGACUCUUUCAGCAACAAGGUCAUAACAGGCAGUCUUCGCGUUACAGCUUCGCCAAUGAGGGUGCGUCGGGAUCAUCCAUCAAACCAUCAGCGAAUCCAAAAUUGAUGGCGCAGCAAGCCUCGAUGAUGCCGUCCACAAGCCACGCCCAAACUGGGAACCAGUUCUAUGGAUCUUCAAUUCAAGGACCACCUCCGGGUCUCAAGUCAACAGGCACACCGCCUAUUGGAGGUGGGAUGUUCGGUCAAAAUCAUGCAUUCGGUGGUUCAAUGGGGGGUGGUCCGGGCUUUGGUGGUAUCGCGAAGGACAGCAACAGCGAGAUGUUGCGGGAUAUGCUUCGAAGUCGUGGAACCGCAGGUGGCGGGCAGUCACAUGAUACAGGCAAGCGUGAGUUUAUGUUUCCUUCUUUUCUUCAGCAGUACCCAUCUGCCUCCUCCACUCCAGCUCCUGCUUCCGGCCUCCUGGCAUCGCUCUAUGGUCCCCAGACUGGAGCAUUCCAUGACUUCGGUCAAAAGCAGAAGAAGAAGGGAAAGAAGCACAGACAUGCUAACACUUCCUCCUCUGGGGGAGGUGGUUUAGUCGAUCUUGCGGACCCAAGUAUCUUGCAAGCAAGAAUGCAGCACCAGCAACAGAGCAAUGCCGGAGUCGGACAGGGACUAUUUGGUAGCCAGGCUCAAGAUGACCAAGGUCUUCCCUCUCUUGACGAGGCAACUUUAUCUGUGGAUGCCCUAGUGGCUGACAGUACCACCGAUGACUUUGGGCCGCAUAUCCUAGCCAGCUAUGAUGCUGUUGGAUCACGGUCGUCGACGCCAUCCGUCCCUCCAGGUUUUGAUACUCCACAUGCACACCCUCCACCGCCAACUCAACAAGAAGCACUAGGCAAGCUAGCAUCAAAAAUUGUUCCUACCUCGGCGCCGUUUACACCAUCGCGUACUUCUUCGUUCAUUCCAAGAACUGCCACUCCUCUUUCCAACGUAUCACUCCCAGAAGGUGCGCCUAGUGAGAACACCGCUCUAGCGAUAUCAGCAUCCGCUUCCCAAGCCAAACAAGACGUGAAAGCUCUGGCAACGGACACAGGUCUUUCAAAGACCAUUGUCUCGCAGUCGACUCAAGCUCUUCAAUCAGAAGACUUUCCUGCUUUAGAUAGUGCCGGCGCUAAACUCAAGGCCCCUGCUACACCUACUUCAAGCAAAUCUCAACCUGUUAAGCCGGCUACCACAGUCACAAGUAAGAAUACGACAACGACAACCCUGCCUGGUAAUAUGUCAGCGCCGCCAUCCGGUCCUAAAGGUGACAAGCGUCCUAUGCCUGGGAUUUUAAAUAUCUCAGUGCCUACAAAGACUGUCGCUAAGGCUACUAUUGCACCUGAUACACCUACCAAGACUUCUGUCAGCUCAUCGGCAUUCCCUCCAUUACCGCCGAGCACUCCAUCGGCCACGUCUGUUCAGUCCACACUAUCAAGAAACGUGCCAAAGACAUUAAGACUAGUUCCGGUUAAACCAGAGGCAGCAGCGGGUGGAAGCGGAACUCCUUCGUCAGUCACAUCUACUUUCCCACCUGGUUUGUUACCCUCUCGACAACCUAGCCUUGCCUCUGUGUCUAGACAAGAGCGCCCCGGUACGCCAACCAGCGAGGCUGUUUCCGAUAACGCUUCAAUCACAACAGCGUCAUUGUCGAGAGCAAACUCCCCACCACCAAACAAGAUUGGCUCUGCACCAGUUAGGAUGACGACAAAGAGUAAGCAGAAGAAGCAGCGACGAGAAGCUCAAAAGGAGAAGGAGAAGGAAUUUGACGCCGCGGUCGCUGCUACAAAAGUCGAGCCGGAAGUUGAGAUUGCACCAAUCAUGGGCCGAAAGAAGAAGCAAAAGAAGGAGCGGAGUAUCCACAGCGCGGCUGGAGGUUCAACGCCCGUUGCCAGUCGCCCAGCUUCGCCCAGCCCUCCUAUUCCCGAAAAGCACAAGCAGACGAUAGAGCCCGAGGUCGAACUGAACAAGCCUGCUGCCAAAGCGAAAGGCAAAGGCAAAGAGAGUGGCAAGGCAAAAGCUAAAACCGAGACCGAGCCUCAACCUGCACAACCCGAGAAGGAGGAAGUUGCCGCUCCCAAACCCCCAUCCCUUCCCAUGCCCGCAGCGGUCUACGAACAGCUCAACAUCGAUAGUGAACUUCCAGAUCCAAGUCAACUCGCCUUCUUUAAGAACCUGUCAACUCCUACGCGCACCCCGAAUCCCAACUUUGAAACGGAGAUGCCAAGCAUGAUGCACAAGCUAACAAUUACCUCCGAAGACCGCGAAUCGCUACUUGCAGGUCUACCAGUCCGCAAAAACAAAGGCUUGUGGUACCGUAUAAUGCUCACACCUAAUGGCGACUAUGUCCGCUACCUGAGCCCAGAGGAGGAAGAGAGAUAUCUACAACUCCAAGAGAAAGUUUCACAGCAGACUAGCCCAACCGCGUUUGUCUCCACCAAACACCAUGCUAACAACGGAUUUACUCUGAUCGGAGGACGCGCUGUACCCAAUGGCCCGCCAUCUUACUUCCCACCUCCCAAGGGCAGUACUGCGCCUCUUGAUCCAGUGAGCAAGCUACAACGCGACGAAGCACUAAGCUACAUCAAUCAAUACGUCCUUCCCUCACUCUCUACAAACUCCCAGCUCGAAAAGGCACUUAACGCCAAUGCCCUAGAUGCCGAAAUGUUCCGCUCUACCGAUCAUCUUAACUUCUCAUGGGGCAACGAUCCUCACGCAAGCGAUAACUCCUCCGGGCUGCCACCACAGGAAGGUAUUCUAGCCGCUACGGGUCUGGAAGGCAUGGCAUCGAAUUUCGCGGGUGAUGAUGGGGGUCGGCCGUUAGGGAAUGUGAGCUUACUAAGUUUGAGCGAUGCAGAGAGUGCGAUGCAGACUGCAAGAAAGGAAUCAGACUCCGUGGAGAAGAAGCUGCUGGCCGUUAUGAAGAGGAACCGAAGGCUGGUGCUCGGGAGUUCUGGAAUCUAA